AACCUGCCAUAAAAUCUGAUGCCACGGAGCAGCAGGACGUACUCUCUCUAGAACUGACAAAGUUGUUUCUAAAUAUCGAAGAUAUCAUGGGAGACUUAAAAAUCAGGGACUAUGACAGCAUCGCAUCUUUUCUUGGAACGUGGGGACCUUUUCAGUUUAAGAUUUUUCUUGCACUGGCCAUCAGCAUCCUCCCGAAUGGRUUUARCGGCAUCUUUAUKGUAUUUGUGGGUGAUACCCCACCUCACGAGUGCUAUAUCCCUGAGAAUUAUAGCAUCAGUGACAUGUGGAGAAAUGUGACAAUCCCACUGGAAACAGUCAAUGGCAUCGAGAAGCGCAGCUCCUGCURGAGGCUCAACCUGGACAUGAUCAGGAACUUCUCCCAGAAUGAAAUUGUUCCAAAUGUGGAUGUAAACGUGAYUGAAGUUCCACUGGAAAGUUGUUUGGACGGGUGGACGUACAGCAAAGAAAUCUACCAGUCCACCAUUGUCACAGAGUGGGACUUGGUUUGUGACAAUGCAUACAAACUUCCACUGUCUACRUCCAUCCAUUACGUUGGGGUGCUGUUGGGAGCAUUAAUCUCAGGCCAGAUGUCUGACAGGUAUGGACGGAAGCCUGUGCUCUUUAGCAUGAUGAUCCUUCAAACUGUGUCGAUCACAGCCCAGAUAUUCUCCCCAAACUGGGAGGUCUUCAGCUUUCUGUUCUUCUUGGCGGGUGCCGGGGGAUUUUCCAACUYUAUCAUUGGAUUUGUGCUGGGAACAGAAGUUUUAAGCCCAAAAGCCAGAGUGGUCUUCUGCUCCKUUGGGGUUUUCAUGGCCURGGCUGUGGGUUACAUGGCGAUGCCUGCCGUGGCUUACUUUAUCCGUGAAUGGCGGAUGCUGCUGAUUCCUAUGGCAGCCUCUGGCCUGAUCUAUGUCCCUCUGUGGUGGUUUAUUCCAGAGUCUCCUCGCUGGCUGCUCARUCAGGGACGGGUGAAGGAGGCAGAGGCCAUUCUGAGACARGCUGCCAAGGAAAACAACAUCGAGGCUCCGCAAGACAUUUUUACACAAGCUGAGAUCGAUGACGCCCUGGCCAUGAAAGACACAAAAUACAACAUUUUAGACAUCUUGAGGAACUGCAACAUGUUCUCCGUCACAUUAAUUUGCUCACUCCUGUGGGUCAUCAUCACCCUCAGCUACUACGCUUUAAUCCUCAACACGUCAAACCUGCAUGGAGACCCUUACAUUAACUGCUUCUUGUCUGCUGUGACUGAGGUGCCAGCUUACCUAAUCGCUUUAUUACUGCUGCAGCGCUGCUCCAGGCACAUCUGCCAGUCAUCUUCACUCUUCCUCGGGGGRGUGAUGAUCCUCUGUGUUCAGCUCAUUCCACUUGAUUUACCAGUUGUGGCUGUGUUCCUCGAGAUGCUGGGGAAGUUUGGCAUCACAUGUGCUUUUUGUAUUGUGUACGCCGUGUCGUCAGAGCUCUUCCCCACUGUUAUCAGAAAUACAGCAAUGGGGUGUUGCUCCAUGUCGGCUCGGAUUGGAACCAUCAUCUCUCCCUUUAUCAUUUACCUGGGAAGAUAUUUCAGGGCACUGCCGUACAUAUUGAUGGGGGCUCUCGCCAUCUCUGGUGCRGUCUUAUGUCUCCUMCUGCCUGAAACUUUUGGGAAGACGUUGCCAGAGACCUUUUCACAAAUGCAGCCGAUAUGGAGGAGAAGAGGGAAAAACCAGAAGGAAGCUGAACAUGGAGAGAAGACGGCUGAAUAUCAGAGUAAAGAAUCCAGGUUAUAAUGAAUUAUCAUCUUUUGUAUAUCUGCAUUGUGUUCUCCAUGAUGGUGAUUGGUCAAUCGCAGUAAACUCCGCUUUUUAUUUGUACUCACCCAUAGCAAGAGAAGGAAAACCUCAGUUGACUUAUUGAGUUGAUAACCAGCGUCAUGAGACUAAUAACAUUUGUUCGGUACACACAAAUCCUAAGUAUGUUGAACUCCCUUUAUUAUAUAGGCCCCACAUUUUAUGAAAUCUUUGUUUUUGUUUGGUUGUGUGUCUUAUAUUAUUGGAAAUGUUUAAAAUYUUGUAUCUGUCUAAUAAUUUACAAUGUAGCAAGUUGUUAGUUUUUGUGACUGCAGACCCCAUGAGGAGCUMUGUUGCAGAAAACUAGAGACGGCAUGUUUUAAAAAGACAUUCAUUUGUUUUUAUUUUUAGACUGAUUUACAGUUCGUUUGUUAAAGCUUCUGCAUUUCUCCCUAGAAAAACAAAUCACUGUGAAAUUAGUAGAUCAAAAUAAUCUAUUUGAAUAUGUUAAAAUGAGUCAUAUUAACUUUCAUAGUCAUAAACAGUCAUAAAAACGUAUUGAUUCAGUCUUAUAUGAAUCAGCAUUUCAGGGAAAAGAGUCAGAAACACAACUAUAAAUCGGUUAUUACUUUCAUUGUUUAGGUUUUUACUGUGUUCAUUUAGUUUAGCUCAUUAACCGCUGUCGCCAGCGUACCUGACCACGUGAAGCACAACCCAUUCACUUUCAAUUUUCAUUUCUCAGGUUGGAUAAAAUAAACUGCACUCUACUACUCUAUACUCUAACAUCCAAUUAUUUUGUAUUU